GGCUCCUCCUGAGCGCAACACAGGCAGCUGCCGUGCUGGGGUCAGGAAGAACGAGGACCAUGAGAGCCCCGCGGAUCCUGCCUCUUCUCCGGCCAAGAAGCCUUUGCUGGCGCCCCACUGGCACGGAGUCGGGGAGCGCUCCUAGGAGGUUCAGCGCUGUCGCCGGUGGAGCAGCGCCCAGUCAGCGGCUGGACCUACGGGGCAUCUACCCGCCCCUGACUACCCCCUUCACCUCACGAGGAGAGGUGGAUUGCCAUCGCUUGGAGGAGAAUAUGCGCCUCUACGCUGAGGUCCCCUUCCGAGGUUUUGUGGUGCAGGGCUCCACCGGGGAGGCUCCCUACUUGACACAGCAGGAACGUCUGGAAGUGGUGAGACGGUUGCGGCAAGCUGUAUCCAAGGAAAAGCUGCUGCUUGCAGGGACUGGAUGUGAAUCAACUCGGGCCACUAUUGAGAUGACUGCACAGAUGGCUGACAAAGGGGCUGAUGCUGCUCUUGUGGUCACUCCAUGCUAUUACCGGGGGAGCAUGACCAGCGCUGCCUUGAUCCAUCACUACACAGAGGUGGCUGAAGCAUCUCCAAUCCCUGUAAUACUCUACAGUGUCCCAGCCAAUACGGGUCUGGAGCUUCCCAAUGAGGUGGUGCUUACCCUGGCACAGCACCCCAACAUUGUGGGGCUCAAGGACAGUGGUGGCAAUAUUACCCGCUUGGGGCUGCUUGUCCACAGGACCCACCAUGAAGACUUCCAGGUUUUGGCGGGUUCAGCUGGCUUUCUGCUCGCCAGCUACAUUGUAGGUGCCGCUGGAGGAAUCUGUGCCCUUGCCAAUGUGCUUGGUACACCUCUUUGUCAGCUCGAGAGUCUAUGCCAUACUGGAAGCUGGAAUGAGGCCCGUGAACUGCAGCGCCGACUUAUUGAGCCAAACAUAGCAGUGACCUACAAAUUUGGAAUCCCAGGCCUCAAGCAGGCCAUGGAAUGGUUUGGUUACUAUGGAGGUCUCUGUCGUGCCCCCUUGCUACCGUUAAGCAAGACACAAGUGACGGAGCUGCACCAGGAUUUCAGCUCUAAUGGCUGGUUAUGAACACUGGAAUCUUGAGAUAGUCUGUAGGGCUGUUGUGUUUUUUGCUCUUUGACCAGGCAUUCUUUACAAAUUAGUAAAUACAGUUUAUUCAAUUUACAAUGUAUUCACUGGUGCUUUUGAAAGACCAAAUGCUACACCACCAAUAAAACAGGAAGAAAGAGUCCAUAACAGAGUUUAAUAUACUGUUUCUCAUGCUCUUUCCUCAUAUAUAUUUUUAUCCCUUGCCACUUGCAAACUUCAAGUGUUUUCUGAGCAGAGGCAACAAUGCUAUCCUGGCUGUUCUCUGCUAGGUUUCAUCUAGCCCUGCCCAGAAAUGUACUUUAGCUGAAUGGGUCACUUGCUGGUUUCAACAGUUAAAGUAUAAUUUUUAUAGGAGCUGCACUCCCACAUCCCCAAUCACUGUGGCCUAUUGAGCCAAAAAUGGCUUGACCUCUUGGCUCAGAAGAGUGGCUUGUUAGCACUCCUUAAAGAUAAAGCAACUGGAUUGCAUAUCCAGUGCUGCUUUAUGAAACUGAGCUUCACUUGUCCCUCCUACUCCCCAAGACAGGGGUAGUUAUUAUGGGACAGGAAUGAGACUGAAAAUGUGUUUUCCAAGUUUUUAAAAAAAUCAGUUGGUCUGCUGAUUCCAUCAAUAAGAGUGAAUUCUGCUUAGAAAAGAAAAGAGGAGGGCUUGGUUAGACUAUGUUAGAUUACUGCAGGA